AGAAUCUGCUGCUGCUGACACUGCUGAUUGUGAGCAGGUCGAAGGUGAUCUUAAAAGGCCGGAUUCUUCAAAGUCAAGAGAUUCUACAGAAACUGAAUCCCAUAUUCAUCAAAUACUUCAAAAGCUUGGAUUGACAGACAAAUAUCCUGGAAAAAUAUCUAUUCUAGAUGUCAUAGCAGUUGAUCCAAACGAAAACAUCGAGCAGAUGCAUGGGAAGUUAUCAUUAACCGACAUCCCGUGGUUGGUUUUGAAGCGACUGAUGUGUGCUCAUAGCGAAUCAAGAGACAUCAGGUUGUCAGAAGACGACAAUUCUGACAAUAGUUUAAACCUAGAGGACUCAUUAUCAUGCAUGUCAGAAAUACCAGAUAUCUAUCAAAACAUCAGUCCACUAGAUAUAUUCACUGUUGUUUUUCAAUGUUGUGAUCCAUUUAUGAAACAAAUAUUUGUUCAGAAACUAUAUCUGUGUAAACUGGCUGUCCCUUUUAUGUAUUGGGGAACACGUGGGAAGCAAACUCCAGUAAUUUCUGUUUGGCCGUUGCGGUCUCUAGCCAUAGAGAGUAAUCAGACAUUUACCAAUAUAAAUAAAAACAGAGUAGGGAAACUGAUGUCCUUAGUAUGCAAACAAAGUUGGUAGCGUUUGGAAGGCUAGGUCGCCCUCACUAUUCGAAAUCUAAACUAAUCAAUAGUCUUCUUUUUGUUCAAGGGUGUAAGACAUUUUUUAAUAUUGACUGUCCCUCUGGGAUGACUCCAAGAAAAUUAAGUAAUGGACAUAUAGAGAUGUUUUGGUUACCAACCACCGAUGAAAAAAAGAUAGAUUUCUAGAUGCAAUGACAUUUUUUAACUUGAGGGGAGAUCUUUGCAGACAUUUUAGCACAGAUAGUUUGUACUUCAUAGCAAACUUUAUAGAUUCAAUUGUAAUGAUCGUUGAUUUAGACAUGGUUUUGAACCAAAGUAAGAAGGUUGAGGAUGUUCUUCUUCAAUUUUCCUCAGUUAUUUUGAUAUUUGCGGGCCCAUUUAACCUUGAUGCAGUUAGAUUCGUCAAGAAAUUUCAAAGUGGUGUCAUUUCAUUAAAAUCAGAAAUCAGUUUACGAAUUUUGAGUACACACAAAGGCACUGUUGAGCAGAAUGUCGUAAACAUCUUAUCAGGCAUAACAAAUAAUAUAUCAGAUCAGCUUAAAAUAAUUAAAACAAUGUCCUUUGAAGAACGAUUAUCACAAGCAAAAUUAACAACAAUAAAAACCGACGAAGAAGAUGACAUCUGUCAACAAGGCAAGCUUGAAGCUACUAAACUCGUUAAACAAAUGAAAGCUGACGGUGAGCCAAAUGUUUGGAAACAACACUUGACACCAGUCCAUAGUAACUUAUCAAAGGAAUUAGGAAAGUUAUUAAAAGAAAGAGAAAGAGAAAAAUGUUUUUUAGAAGGAGAGAAAAUAAAUGUAAAAAUCAUAACAGUGAGACGACAACAACUUGCAUCGAUAACUAAGUCUGUUAAACUUUUUCUCCACAUUCUUAUAAAAAACAACAAUUGCCAUUUAAUUCUUAAAUAUUUUCUUUCCUGGUUACAUUUUCAUAUUGAAAGAGAAAAACGCCAAAUAUUACAGGAUACUGCCAUUGCAGAUUUUGAAGAAACAAAUGACGAAGCAUCAUUUACAGUUCAACAUUUUUUUCGUGAAAUUGGUCAUAUAAAUGAUGCCAUUUUAGAACUCAAAGAAGAUACAACCAAAUUCGGAUUACCAUCUUUACACAUGAUGUCUAAUAUUGUCAGUCGUCUCCUUCUUGAUGGACACCAUUUCGAUCUAAUAGAGAGUGAGAGCUUUUACAUGCCUUAUCAAUGGAUAAAAGCUGUCUUCAAAAAUGUUGAUGUAUGUAUCGGAUCUAGUAAAGUGUUAACACUCAGCGUUUUAGGUCUGCAAAAUUCCGGAAAAUCAACUCUUUUGAACACGAUGUUUGGAUCAAAAUUUUCUUCAAGAACCGAUAGGUGUACUAGGGGAAUACAUGUCCAGCUAAUUCCUACGAAAAGUACACAUUUGGGAGAAACCGUUUCGGUGUUUAGCUAUGUACUUAUUGUUGACACAGAAGGUCUGAAGUCUUCUGAGUUAAGUCAUCUGCAGCAUGAACAUGAUAAUGAAUUGGCUACCAUUAUUAUUGGUGUAGGAGACAUUACAAUGGUUAAUAUAAUGGGAGAAAAUACAAGCGAAAUAAGGGAUAUUCUUCAAGUUAUUGUGCAAACCUUUCUACGAUUGAAAAUAAGAAAUGAAAAAUUAGAUAUAAGAAAAAGUUUUGCAUUUAUUCAUCAAAAUGUACCUGAUACGUCCGCAAGAGGUAUGAUAGGUGGUAUUAGCAAAUUAAUGCAUACUCUUAAUGAAAUUACAAAAGAGUCGGCGAGAAGUCAGGGAAUUCUUGACAUCACAACAUUUAACGAAGUAAUUGAUUUUGACAUAAACUCGCAAGUGUGGUACCUGAAUAAUUUAAGGCAAGGAAAUCCACCGAUGGCUAGAGUUCAUAAUGAAUACAGUGAAAGUGUAGUUGAUAUAAAGUGCAAGAUCUUGAAAAGAGCUUUGACUAUGAAGGAUAAAUCCUACAAACCAUUGACAGAUAUAGUUGAGCAAGCACGUGAUAUUUGGAAAGGUGUUUCCAAUGAAGAUUUCAGUUUUUCCUUUAGAAAUAGUCGUGCAAUGAAAGCAUACAUGGAAAUGGACAGUGUUGUUCAAGUUGAACUUUGGCGAUUUGAAAGCCUUAUUCAUGACAAAUUAACAAAAAUUACACAAAACAGCUUUGCUGCUCGAACGGAAAAAUUGCGAAACUUGGCAGACAAUCUUAUAAGCGAGCUUUAUGAAAUCCUUUUAAAUGAAAAAAUUAAAACUGAAGAAAAUAUUCAAAAUUAUUUUGAGGGAAAUAAAUAUAAAGAUGUUGAUAUUCAAUGGAAAAGAAGCCAGCAAAUCCGUGUGCACAUGUUAUUUGAAGAGUUUCAACACAUCAUCAAAGAACAUGUCGAAAAAAGCCGAGUAAAAAGAUCAUUAGAAAUUAUGAUAAUACAUUGUCGAGGGAAGCACGAAGAGGAACUACGAAAAAGAUCUAUGGAAGUUGCAAAUACUCUCAAAGGUCAGGAACUAAAUAGCGAGAAGACUGAUGAGCUUUUUGGAGUCAUAUGGAAGGAAUUUCUUAUCAAGGCUGAUAUUUCUUUUACAGGAACGGAAAGGCACAGAAAGAAAAUGAAAAAUAUUUUUCUGACAUGCCUUGAGACUAUUUUUAACAAAAAUUUUGUUUUGCUUAAGCAAGCUUUGAAAGAAACCGAUUUUUUGACGCCAUUAUCAAAUGUUAAACAGUUAGCCAAAUCAUUUAAUGAAACGGGAAUAAAUGAAACGGACAUACGCAUCAAUAUAUUACAGAUGGGUAAAUCAUGGUUCGACUUUUCUGAUACACUGAAAUAUGUCGGAACCAGAGUUAACAAAAUAUUCGAAUCAGUUGAUGUCAAAAUAAAAGCACUUUGUCAAAAUAAUGAUGAAGUAACAGAAAUGUCUGUAAUUAGAUUAAUGCAUGAGCUAGAUUCUAGUAUACAAACUAUCGAAUCGGGAGACAGUAACUACUUUUUUAAAGUGUCUUUUUAUGUAAAAAUUUUAGUACAUGUUAGCAGGCAUGCUCAUCCAAUUUUCGAAAGUCAUAAUGAAAAGUACUUUAAAACCCAUGAAACUGCUGCCUUUCUGGAAAGAUACAGAGUUCAACAGAAGAUAUAUUUCGAGGCUCAUUUAAAAUGCCACCUUUUUGGAGAUUAAGUCGCUAAACUAUUUUCUCAUUUGAUAGAAGGCUUUUAAAAUCUGCCGAAUUAAGUAACUGGAAGCAUACUGUCUCUCUCCUUUCGAACGUUCAGAACAAAGUUUUAAUUGCAGUAUGCACAUAUCUUUUGAACGAAAGCAAUUUUGAAAAUUUCGUGACAUAUAUAGUUGAUCCACAUAGUUAUGCUGCUUUAUGGGUAACUAAAAGGCUAAUAAUUUUCUGUUUGAGACAGAGUUUCAGGUCGUUGCAAGUGCUUCGCCAUCGUUACUUAAAAACUUGUUAAAACGUAUCUGCAAUUGCGUUAAUGGUGUCUUAACAGAUUAUGAGAGGAAAUCUUCAACCUCGAUAGAUAUGUGUAUAUUAUCUUUCCAAAAUUUAAUUAAAUCAUUUAAUGUUUCCAUUCCAUCUGAAAGUUUUUGGAACCUAAGGAAAGAAACAUCAUAUAUAAUAAUAUAUAAAAUUUCGAAAACAUGACUACAAACAAUGUUAGAAAGGUUGUGCAAUUCUUAAGAGAAACUUGUAUUGAAGUUUAAAUCAUAAGAGAGUCAUACAAAAGCAUGGACAGGUUAUUACCCUAUGUCACAUAUUUUAAAUAAUAUGGGGGUGCCAGUUACACAGACGGUCGGUCCCCACUCGGUCAUUUAAUUUUAAAUUUACUCGCUGUUGUGAUCGGUUGUCAUACGUGAUUUUAUUUCUGGUUUUCUGUGUAAACGGUAAUCGGUGACAGAAAGCAAACUCAAACGGUGAUAAAAAUGCUGAAAUACUAUCGGUUUUUAUCGUUUGUAAAUCGGAGCACAUCCGGGCGUAAUGCUGAUUAAUCGGUGUUUGAUAGCUAGUCAUCAGUGGUUAACCACUUUCCGUCAGAUAUGGCAGGUGAUUCAUAUUUGGUUAUCUUUGUCCGAUCGGUGAUAACGGUGAUUUAGAGCUUGCAUAUUUCGUGAUAUAGGUUGCUGUCGGUUAUUUGUAAAAUAUUUUUACCGAUCGAGAAUUUUAAACAUGUUUUAAAAUCCCAAUCGGUAAUGUUUCACCGAUAAAACUUAUCUUUCCCCAAUAGCAGUUGAUAUGUGAAAAACAGGUGACCAAUAGGUGAUAUCGGUGUUAAAUACGUUAUCAUCGGUUCACUCCAUAGUUUGGCUAAAAAAACUACCGAUCAAUCACCGAUGCCUCUGUGUAACUUGGGUGUUAAGGAGACAGUGUAUUUUGUUCGGAAAACUAUGCAAAAAAUCAGGACCAUGACUGAUCCACACACUACAGUAUACAACAUCGUCCCCCAUGCUACAAGGUGUCUGUACCGGAACAUCGAAUAUAGCAUGCAUAGAAUCGUAAGCGUUUGAUAUUCAAUCAAGCACAAUACAUAUGUGCUUUAUUUUCAAUUAUAUUUUCAAUAGUGGAAAACGAGAAUAAUGUUGUAAAAUUCAUUAUAAUAGAUUACAGAAUAUACCUCUUUCAGAUUGGGACUAUCACUGACGUCUUAUUUUGCAUGCCAAUUCUAAAUAUGGUUUGAAAUUACAUACAAAGGAGAUUUUGAAAAGCUCUAUCUUUAUAAGUUUCAAGACAUUACCCCAACAGAGAACAAAAAAACAAAAUUAGAAGCGAAAGAGAGUCUCCAUAAAUAUAUUCUCAGUGAAAAGCUUCAAUUAUAAAAAAGCAUUUGAAAGAAACCAACCCCUGAACGCCUAAAAUUAUGUUAGAAAAUAUUAAAUAUUAUAGAAAUCUAAUAAACUUUAUUAUGCAAAAAGAUAGAUAGUUCGACAAAUUAAAAUUUAAUCAUGUUUCUUGUCAUAGAAAAUAUCAUUAUCUUAACAACAUGUAGACAAUAAAAAUUGUAACAUGAAGACAAUAAUAAUUGUAAAAAAAGUUGCCCCGUACAUCACUAGAGUGUUGAUUAAUUUUUCUGGUCCUUUGGGAUCAUUGUGUUUUUUCCAGCACUUUGAAGUGAAUUAAGUACCGCUAAGGCCGGUGCUAGGGAACGUGACGUGUUGCAUCUUUUCGUUAUCCCUCAUGUACAGUCUCAAUCAAAUAAAAUCUGCAAUUUUCAUGUAUUUUUCUGUUUUUAAUGACGCUAGAUAUUCAGUAAAGGAAUUAGUAUAUGCAAAAAUGUAUUUUCAGUAACUGAUAUGCAUUUACAGAAAAUAACAGAAAAUUAACUUAAAGUGAGACACAGGCAAACUUUUCAUAACAUCUUUAUGAAAUUUCCAUUCAUCAUUCUAUAAAUGUCCUGAAAAUUAAAUAUACUAGGCAGACACAAGAACAAAACUCUUCUCCUAAUAAAGAAUAAAAUGGUGGUUUUCGAACAAGACCAACUCGGGUUAAGAUUUCACAAUGGUUGUAACAGCGAACACUGGAAAUGUUAAAGAACAUGUCAAAUGAAUGACUUAGACUUGUUUCAAUCAUACAAUAUCCACAAUAUCUGUUAUUGUUACUUCCAGGAAUGGCGAGUCACAUGAAUUGUUUUAAAACUAUUCGGUGAUUCUGUUGGCGUCUUAAUUUCGUUCAUCAUAUAUAAUUGAUAUAGGACAAUAACAAUUUAAUAAUCCAACUUUCUAAAAGAAUUGUUUACAAUUUCGUGCAUGAGAUGCAAAAACGAUCUAAUGCAAAACUUCAAAAAGUAUUAUUUUAAAUUCUGAAUAUUAACUAGCUUGCAUUUAUUAAAGCGAGAGUGAUAUUCUGUCAAACGGAAUAUGAUUAGUGUACGUAUUAAAUAGCAAAUAACAUCAUGAAUCAAAUGAUGAGCAAAUAGAGGGGCGUGGUGAAGGCGUGGCUUUUGCUUUGAGAUCUUGGUAAGGAUAUGCAUAUAGCACCAACGGCUUAUAUGCGUGACUGUUUUUGAAACACGAAGUGGUUUAUUAAAAAAAAACUAUUUUAGUCAAUUAUUUUUGAAUGCUAUAAACGAUUACAUGCAUUUGUCGUAGCAAUUUGUAAUCAGAUCCUUUGCAAAAAAUAACAGAGAUGUCAAUUUAUUCUGCUUGAAGUUAUUUUUCAUGUUAAGCUUUUUUAAAGAUCAUUAUUUAUUUGAAACGACAGAAAUAGAACAGUUAAAUGACACUUCCUAAUGGACAUUUUUUACAAAAGAGAUAGAAUAACGCAUGAAUAAAAGGUAUUGUUUACUAACUAUAAAACCAAAGGAAUGUGAAAUAAAAAGUUUAUUUACUGCUUAAUUUCUUUCUUAUGUUUUAUUUCUUGUUCUUAUUGUGUCCUAUCUAUAGUACCAAAGGAAUGUGUAAUAGAAAAUUUAUUUACUGCGUAAUUCCUUUUUAUGUUUUGUUUCUUCUACUUAUUUUGUUUGUUGAUGUCUGUCACGCAGUGCCUAUUACUUUCUCUUUUUAAAAUGUAUGUACUAGAUGACAUUAAAAUAUGCUAGCAGGAAUUGUAUGGUAAAUGAAAUUGAUUUCAGUUUCAAAUUCAAGAUAUAUGUUUGCAUCGAUUUAAAGGUUUUGCUUACUAUGGUUACAUUAAAUCCUGCUUAAGAUAUGACUUUAACAUUAUGCAUACAACAUUAGAUACUAACUUCCAAAGAUUUUUACUUUCUACUUGGGUUUAUUAUCUGGUAUAUUUUUCUUCUAUAUAAUUAUUUUAUAUACCAAAACGACAAAUUAGCAUAUUUUGGGGUUUUGAUCACAUUUCUGUACGUUGUUUUGCAAACCUUUACUGUGCAUUAUGAAUAACUUGCAUUUGCAAAUGAGGUUGUUGUGCAUUAAAUGAAUGGUAGAAAUAAUGCACACAUUAUUUUAUAUAAAUAAAGAUGAUGCUUUAUGGCAAAUUGAGAUACAGUAUUGUCUAUUACGGUCGAUUCCAAUAAAUUUUAUAACCAAUUCGAAUGAUUAUGAAGAUUUUCAUACUGAAACAGAUUUAAUAUGAUCGACACGUAAUACUCGUAUAUGAUAAGAACAGCAUAAUGUAUUACUAAUAUAGAUAAGAUAUUACUAUUGAACUGGAUUUAAAUUUUGAAAAUAUUUAUUUUUUAAUUGUAAUUCACUGGUAUUAUGCAUAUUGAUGUUUGUUAAAUUGGGUUGAAAUCAAUAUAUUACAUGUAUAUUUUUGAUGUAUGAUCAUUGCUAAAUUGUACUUUAAUUAGAAUGCAAACCUUAAAUGUAUUUUUUGUUAUAUUAGAACAUUAGUCAUUAUUUUCCGUUCCAAAUUGGUUUGACUGAACAGUGGAUUUAAGUUAAAAUAGUGAUUUAAAUUGAUUUUAUUUCUGUUUGUAUGGGCGAUUUCUAAUUAGCACUUAUGUUUUGUGUUGUUUAUGCAUCAACCUAAUUAAUCAGGAGUAUUGUUGAUCCAAUGACUCGAUUAUCUAUCAUAUUUUAAAGACAGUCUUUAAUAUUUUAUAUCUACGAAUAAUUGAUUUUUAAGGAAAAGAAAUUAUAUCUUUAAACUUGUUGGUUACUUUUAUUUCCUUUUUACAAGUGAUGCAUGCACAUUUCCAAGCGUAUGUACCGUCUACAAAGAUAUGUGUAAUGUGUCAGUAAUAUUGUGAAUUUAUUAAAAUAGAUUAGUAAAAACAAAAACCCGAUAAAAUAUUACAAAAUGAAUGUGAAAUUUUAGAAGUAAUUGCUUUGAAUUUAAUUGGAGAAUGCCUUUAUCUGCAUGUUCACCAAAAUAUUUGUUAUAUUUUGUUCGAUGCAAUGAACAAUAUUACUUUUUUCUGCAGCUAACAUUUAAUUAUAGAAAUAAACAAAAAUCAUGUCAACAUGCAGUCGGUCAAACAUGGAUGUAGGAUGGUAAAUGUUUACGGAUAUCAAAAACAUAUAAUUUGCGUUCAAAGACAUUUAUUUUUUCAUAUUUCUUGUUUGUAUUGUUUAUAUUUGCUGUAAAUGUGGUCUUGUUUAAACCAGGAAAUAAAUCAUAUCUGAUUACAAAUGAGUGGGAUCUAACACAUUCUGUUUGGUCUGGUUUGUACAAGAAUAGUUAUUUCCAAUUAACACAAAUAAUAAGUUUCUGUGAGACAUUUGCAGUUACUUUUUUAAGGUUGAUAGUAAAUGCUUGUUAGUUAAAAUAAUAUUGUACGUUAAUCAGAAAAGAUUGUUUGAAACAUUUAAAUAGCAAUCACAUAAUCGCUCUACAUGCUUUUAUACAGAUCGGCAGUCAAUCAUGCCCUUUUAAAAUAUCUGUUGUUGACUUUUUUCUAAUAUUAAAGUAAAGGUAUGAUAGAAAUUUUAAUUCAUGACAUAAGAAUACUUCAAACAUAUACAUUAUUAAGAUAUUUGUUGCUUUAAAUAACAUUUAUUAUCGUAAUAUUUUAUCUCUUAGUUUUCAAUUUUGAGUUCACUUUUUCUUUUUAUAGUUUACUUGAGAGCAUAAAUCAACAAUUAUUGAGAUAGACUUUUUUGUCAAGGAAUAUAAAAAUAUAGCUAGCCUCUCUACUUAAUAAUCAGACUAUGGAAAUAAAAUAUGCGUGUGUGUGGAAA